GCUAAGAAACUAUUAUUUAUAUAUAUUUUUAAUAUUUUCUGUUUAAAUAUUUUUGUUUUAUUAUUGCAUGCUAGAAUCAUCUGCAUACUUAGUGUGGACUUUAGAUAUACACCGAGUAGAAUAAGCUGUCCUCGAGUAGUAGGAAUUUUUACAUUUGAUAUUCGAUUUUUACAUGAGGAAAGGAUACGAUCAUUGUAUGCAAGCCAUGAGGAGAUGAUACGAUCAUUGCAUACAAACAUGAGGAGUCAAUAAUGGUCAGCGUUCGGUUAGCUGUUGCCGGUGAAAAUGAGGCGAUUAUGGCGAAGAUCGAUCUAGUUAUGACUAGAAUGGAUACUUUAUUUAACAUCCUUGAUUUCCGUGCUAACAAUGCUGGUAGUGGUGGUGCCUAUUGUGAACAACCACCCUUACAAGGCGAACAGAUCGGAGAUAAUAGUGGUGACGUCGCCAACCAACAACCCACGCUAGGAGAAGACUGUUCUUAUGUGACUCCACCUACACCUAUUCAUAAAGGAGUGAGCUAUGUGAAAAAUGGUGACGAGUUUGAGAAUCAUGGUCGACAAUUGAGGCGGAAAAAACGGUCUCAAGCCUUGCUUUCACCUUAUUUAGAGUGGCCAAAGAGGGCUCGAUUCACGAGGUCAAAACGACAUACUUUUGAACCCUUUAGGCAGCCUUACGAAAAGGACAAACAAGCCUUUUGGAAAUGGUUCAAUAGUGAUACCAAAAACAGGUCCACCAUCCGAUGCGGCCUCGCUAUGCAAAAUCGACAUUUUUUUGAGAUUAUGUUGCACAAUAGUGCUUUCUUAAAUAGCGAGACCUUGUGUGCAUUAUACGAGGAUACUGUGAAAGACUUUAACGUUACUGACUAGGAGAAAGACUUUAACAUUACUGACGAGAUGAAAGACUAUUACAAAGGGGUUAGGCCAAGUAAGGGAAGAGAUUGGGCGGGAGUUAGUCGUUUCUAUGUGCCAUGUGACUGUUUCAACCGCCAUUGGAUAUUACUUGUUGAUGUUUUAACUUGGAUCAUAACAGUUUAUGACUCGGUUCCUACUUGUCUUUCACUCACGGAUUUGAACGCUGUUGUGAAACCAUAUCUUGAGUACUUGCCCUUUUUGCUUAAGAAGUCAGAGAAAUUUGCAAGCUACGAGGAGAAAUUCAAGCGUUCGAUGAUAUUAGUGCAACUAGCAGAAAAUACUGUCCCUAUCAAGCGUUCGGUGGUCUAUUGCAGCAAUAGCGUCAAUAUUGUCAAUAUUGACUUGUCUUCAAAUUCAACUACAAAUGAGAUGAACCUGUAAAGCAACAAGAUGCGAGGAGAAUAAGCAGAUUAUGCAAACGACAAACGGGACAGAAGGACAAGUCUAAUUAAAUUAUCUGUGACAAACGGCAUCGUUUUAGGGAUCACAUUGCGAAUAAAAUGUGAGUAGAAUACUAGGAAAGCUAUGGGAGACAAGUUUGAAAGUAUUUAACAGCGAUGGGAUUCUACCUCUGUUACUCCAUAAUUCAUGUAUUCAUUUCCGUUUAGUUUGUUGAUUUGAGUUUUUAAUUUGAGUUGAAAUGUGAUUUUAUGUGAGUUUUUUA